CAUCGAUUAUUUUGCAGCUAAGCACGUGCGAUUUGUUUGUGCUAAAUUCAGUUGUUUUUAGUACACACAGCGACAUGGAGCCGGGAAUUUGUUAUAUCAAGCCAGAGUAUUUAAUAGGAGAGGCAAAUGGAAGCCAGCAAAGCGGUGGUAAUGAGGGCGAGUCAAACAAACGUAAGCACGAGGAUGAUGCCGAUACGCAAAACGAAGCCGGCAGCAAACGCGGCGGCAAAAAGGAACGCAAACGUGGCCAAAAUAAGAACCGCCCUGUGUUCAAGGAUGAGCGCUUCUCACAUCUCUGCCACUCAUUGAUCGAAGGACCCGGCGGAGCACCUUGUGCCUUGCAAAACUGUCGCUACGUGCACGAUUUGGACGCGUAUCUGGCAGCCAAGGGCGAGGAGUUGGGCAGCGAGUGUUAUGUGUAUGCGACGAAGGGCCAUUGCAAUCGGGGCGUCACCUGCCGUUUUGCUAAAUCGCACACGGAUGCGGAGGGCAGAAACAUAAAGGCGCCACACUACAACGAACAGACGCCGCCAACCACGUGUAAUGGUAUCAGCGCAGAGCUGCAGGUUCGGUUACGUAAGCACGAUUAUGAUUUUACGAGAAGCAAGGAAGUAAUUAAGCUAGCGGAGAAGCUGCGUGAUGAGCGAAAGCAGGCAGAGCAAGAAAAGAAACAAGAAGCCACUCAAAAAACAGGGCAGGCAGCAACAGAAACAGCGCAGGAAGCGAAACACGAAGUUCCUGUAGAUAUACAACAAGAAGUGAUGCAGGAUCAGCCCACGAAGCCCAUUGGCAGCGCCAUUGAUGAUUCUACAAGUGGACGUGAUGCGCCUCGCAAACCAGUUAUUGAUUUUCGUGAAAAGCUGGUGCUGUCGCCAUUAACCACAGUUGGCAAUUUGCCAUUUCGCCGCAUCUGCAAGGAGUUUGGCGCCGACAUCACGUGUGGCGAAAUGGCCUGUGCAGUGCCACUGCUCAAGGGUCUGGGGCAGGAGUGGGCGUUGACCAAGCGCCAUGAGAGCGAGGACAUCUUUGGCGUUCAGCUGUGCGGCAACAAUCCCAAUGUAAUCACACAGGCCGCUCAGGUGUUGCAUGAAACCGCACGUGUGGACUACAUUGAUCUGAACAUUGGAUGUCCCAUUGAUCUGAUCUAUCAGCAGGGUGGCGGCAGCGCAUUGAUGCGACGCACCAACAUUCUGGAGUUGACGGUGCGCAGUUGUGCCGCCUUGUCCAAUAAGUUGCCGUUCACGGUCAAGAUGCGCACUGGCAUUUAUGCGGACAAGAGUGUGGCACAUGAACUGCUGCCACUUGUGGAGGAGUGGGGCGCCUCGGCGGUCACGUUGCAUGGACGUUCUCGAGAACAGCGUUAUACCAAGUCCGCGAACUGGGAUUACAUUGAGCAGUGUGCAGCGCAGGCGAAGGAGAUGCCUGUGAUUGGCAAUGGUGACAUACUUAGUUAUCAGGAUUAUGUGGAACGCAGAGAGCAGGCUCCGCAUGUUAGCUCUGUGAUGAUUGGACGUGGUGCACUGAUCAAGCCUUGGAUAUUCCAGGAGAUCAAGGAGCAAAAGUUCUGGUCACCCACAUCAUCGCAACGCUUUGAGCUGCUGCGCCGCUAUUGCAACUAUGGACUCGAGCAUUGGGGCUCGGAUACGAAGGGAGUGGAGAGCACGCGUCGCUUUCUCCUCGAGUGGCAGUCGUUCCUCUAUCGCUACAUACCCGAGGAUCUACAGCAAUCGCCACCGCAAAAGAUCAAUGCCCGGCCACAAAAGUAUCGUGGACGCGAUGAAAUGGAGACUUUGAUGAGCUCUAACAAUGCCGCUGAUUGGGUGAAACUCAGUGAAAUGCUGCUGGGAACUGUUCCACAAGGGUUUAGCUUUGUGCCCAAGCACAAGGCGAAUGCCUUUUGAAGGAGCUGCAAUUGUUAAGUUUUAGAAAAGUUCUAUACGUAGAUUAUAAAAUAUUUUUACAUCCCAACCGCAAAUCGAGAAUUGGGAGCAUAACGUUAAGACUAAAGUGUUCAAUUUUACUUAAUUGAAGUCACACUACACAUAUUGUUUUUUAUAAAUAAAAAAGAAACAGAGUACAUAAGA